CUCUUCUGAUUUUCUCUUUCCAGGCUGCGAGCUGACCGCCAGUACCAAAUCCUACACCUUUCAGGUGGACGAGGAAGAUGACUCUGACCACAUUUUGGCCCUGUCUCUGGUCUGCCUGACGGACGGUGCCAAGGAUGAGUGCAACGUGGUGGAGGUGGUUGGACGAAACCGCGAGAACCAGGAGAUCGCCGUGCCGGUGGCGAAUCUGAAGUUGUCGUGCCAGCCCUUGCUGAGUCUGGACAACUUCAAGCUGCAGCCCCCAGUGACCUUCCGGCUGGCGGCAGGCUCUGGCCCAGUACACCUUGCCGGCUGGCACCGGACCGUGCCCAGGGAAGAUGCUUCAUUUGAGGAGGAGGAUAACUUGUCUGAGGAAGAGGAGGAGGAGCUUGCUCCUAUCAUGCCAGCCAAGAAGUAGAGGAGGCAGCAGUCACUUAUCUCCAGGCAAGGUACUCCCUAGGACUUCUCUCCCCGGACCACUUUACCUCAGACACCUCUUGCCAGGACCUCAACAUUUGCUGCUUUGUGGGGUUUUUUUUUGGUUUGGGUUUUUUUUUUUUUUUGUUGUAACUUUUUAGGGAGCAGGGGCUGCUCCCAGCACUGGGGUGUCUCCCUUCCCACAGCCCUGGGAGGUUGAUCCCAAAACUGGAUGGAUGCUGCUGGUAUAUCCCCUCUCCCCCAACCCUGUGCUGGGAGUCGGGGGUGUAGGAGGUGAUCCUUGCCCUGUGCCUUUUUGCUGUCCUGGACCUCUGAUCUGUGCACCCCCUCUCCUUGGCCCCGAAAUACCCAGUCCUGGCCCCUUCCCCAGCAGAUGGAUGUAAAACCAGCGGUGGGACAGGCGGUUUCACUGAUUCUAGUGUGUUUGCUUUUCUUUGCUCACAAUUCAAUGGGUCUUACACA